UUAAUCAUAUGAAUCUAAUUUGAAAAUGUCUUUCUUUGUGGUUGAUUUACUUGAUAGUUAACUGAAACAUUAUUUUUGUGCCUUUCUUGUUAAAUUCAUUCAAACUUUCAAGCUGACUCGAUAGCAUUCUUUCAUUUUAUUUUAUCAUAACUAAAGCGUCUAAAGACUUACAUAGUAAAUUAGAUCUAUUCUUAAUUCUAGAUCGUAGAUGAUCUAUAGUUUCUAUUACUAUUAUUUGUCUACAGUAGCCUAUAUCCCUUUUCUAGAUGAUCUAGAUCUGGAGUGAUUUGAUUGUAAAUCAAAUUCUUUUACGCUAAUUUAUGGCCUAAUUGGAUGUAGAUCUACAUUAGAAUGGUCAAAGACAUAUUCGGAUUUAAAUUAUUAUUCCACUUAAUAUCAUUAUAAUUAAUAUAUUUAUUAUUGCUGUAGAUCUAUAUUGUCAUAGAUAUUCUUUCACUGAUUAUAAUAAUAUAAUCUACAAGUUUAGCUAGAUCCGAAUAACAACUAGAUGUAUACGAAGAUGUAGGCUACGGUAUUAAUUUUCCUAAAUAGAUAUUCUGAUGUGGAAUGCUUCCUUUCAAUUUCAUGCUGUCUUUUCCAUAAUAUUACUUUUUAAUAAUAUAAUAAAUAAAUCGAAGUAUCUAGAUAAUAGACGUAGUCAAAAUCUGGGCUAUCCUGGUCUACUUAUCUACUUAUCUUCUUAUCUAUAUUCAUUAUUCUAUAUUCGUGUUGGUGUGUUUUGCUUUCUACUGUACUGUUACAAUGCCGGGUGGUUCCAGCUGUGCUGUUAUUGGAUGCUAUGCUCAGAGAUCCAAAUGUCGAGGUCUUUCCUUCCACAAAUUGCCAAAGAAAAGUACUAAUAAUGCAUGGCGAAAUGCUCUUAUUACUGCCAUAGAUCGUGUUGAUUCAAGAUUUAACCCUGAUACUGCCAGAAUAUGUUCUCGACAUUUCAAAGAAAGUUGCUUUGUACCCACUGACAGUAGCAAGUGUACAACAUAUAAAAAUUUGUUUUUCAAGAGGAAACCACAUUACCUUAUACCUGGGAGUUUACCAACAGAAUACAUGCCACAAAAUGCAAUAGUUACACCUAAGCAGCUUCCAAGUAAACUUCCAGUACAGCUACCUCCUGAUCCACCACCACUACCAGAAUGUGUGAAGUACAGGCAGUUCUCUGAGCUGAAGAAGGAUGUUUGUAAUCCUGAAUGCUUACCAUCUCCUUGGUGCUUGUUGGAAGCUAAUGAUAAUCAUGUUCUUCUUGGUAUGAUGAAUGACAUGAAAACCUCAGUAAAAUUAAAGCUAAACAUUUCAGAAGAAUUAAUUGUUUCUGCUUCAAUAAUGGAAAAUCCUAUUCCAGAUUUCAUUGAAAGCAUAGAAAAAGUUACAGUUUACAAUUAUUUAAAGUUAUUUCUAUGCCGCAAAUUUUGUCCUGGAAUUGUUGAUGGUAACUUGCAACCAUAUGCAAAUCCAAAAAAUAAUGAAGAUCAGAUUUAUUACAAAGAGUUUAAUAUUGGCAGCCAGGAAACUGUUGUUAGAGCUACUAAAUGUGAAAUACUAAUGAAGCAAACAUCUACUGGUUUGAUAUGUAAAUAUUGCUCUUAUGCUAAACGUUUAUUAAAUAGAAAGUUAUUGAGAGCAAAGUCAAGAUAUAAUAAGCCAUUAAGUAAACAUGAUCCCUUACAUAAAACAACCAGAGAAAAAUUAAUAUCUGAACUAAAAAAUGCUAGAAAGGAAUCUAGUGAAUGUCAAAAAAAAAUUAAAGCAGUUUCAAUUGACUUUGAAAACAGAUAGUGUAGAGCUAAGUAGUCUGUUGAGUAGGGAUAUGAAAGAUGUUAUAGAACAUACAGAUAAUGAAUUGGCAAAGCUUUUUGGGAUGGAGUAAAAAAAAAGCAUUUUCAACUAAAGACAAAGGGGAGAGAUGGCACCCAAUGCUGACCAGACUAGCAAUUUUGAUCAGAAGUAGAAGCCCAGUAGCAUAUGACACUUUAAGAAAAACAGGAAUUUUGAAAUUGUCAGGAGCUUUGACAUUAAGAGACUACACAAAUGCAUAUCAGUCCAAAGAAGGUUUCAAUGAAUCUGCUAUUGAGGAAUUAAAAAGAUUAUCAACAAAAAUAAAAAAAUGAAGUAAGAUUUGUUGUAUUACUCCAUGAUGAAAUGAUUAUGAAAUAUGAUUUAGUAUUUAAUAAAAGAAAUGGUGAAGUUGUUGGUUUUGUAAAUUCUCAUUCUUGGAAUGAGAAAUUUGAAAAAAAUAUUGCCAGCCAUGUGCUAGUUUUUUUUUGUAGCUGGUAUAAACACACAUAUUAAUAUUCAAAGUUGGUGUGUUUGACUUUUUUAAAUAAUGAUACAUGUAAUUAAGAUAUUUUUGGCAUAAAUUUCAAUGUUCCAAAACCUUGUCAGGAGGCUUUAUUCAAUGUUUAUCUUUUUAAAGCUCAAUAAUGAUAAAUGCAAAGGUCAGUUAUGUUUAAUGUAUUGUAUCAGAAAGCUAUGUACAAAUCACUGUGAUGAUACAUUUAUUUAAUUAAACUAAUUUACCAUAUAUAGUUUUCACAUGAUGCAUUUCAAUACUUUAAUAUUCAAUUGUGAUACAAUGAUACCAUUAUAGAAAUUACAACUGUCUUUACAUUUUUAGUGAUACAUCAUAGAGACCAAUAUAUCUUCUAUCUCUUUCUCUCUCUCUCUCUCUUUCUCUCUCUCUCCGUCUCUUUCUCUCUCUCACAUACAUUUCACUAAGUGAUACAUUGUACUAGAAACUCUAACAAUUGUCAUACAUUUUCAUUUAAAUGUCAAUGUGAAUUUCCCAUUGAAAGUUGCUUAUUGUCAAUAAACAAUAAAAAUGAAUAACAAUUGAAACAAAGUCUAAAAUUGUCAAUUAAUUAUGUUAUUAUGAUUUUGAAAGAAAAUGAUCAAAACAUGAUUUAAUAGUUCCUUACAUUAUUGGGUUUCUGUUAUGUGAGAUGUUUUCAACUUCUUUCUGAGGAUUUUUUCUUUUUUAGAUUUAUUCUCUUAUUUUCUAAUACUGUCCAUUAAAAGUUUUAACUUGUGAUAAAUUCUUAUUUUAAAAAACAAUUAGAAUAGUGUCCAAAAUGUAUCUAAUUAUGUCCUCAUUAACUGUAUUAUUACAUUAUUGACUUCAUCAUAGAAAGAAGAUGUAAUAAUUUGGUUGUACAAACAUCUUUGUAAAAAGUUGGACACACAAAUGUUCUUCACUUUUAGUUCAUCUUUACCUCAACUAUGUCUUGAAAUGUGGUUUCAGCUUCAAAAAAUAAUGUAGCUACACCUGGUUUAAUGUAUGUUAGACCAACUCUAUCUAGAUGGAGUGUCAUUAAAUGCUGAUUAUGACCAUUUAAAUUUCUGAUGUAUUCUCAUGUCAUAAAACACAAUUAGAAGAUUAUCCAAAAUUUUCAUCCCUUCAUUGUAACUGUCACUGGCUUCAUAAAAAGAUGGAUUGAGUAAUAAAUGGGUUGCAUACACAUAUUUGUUCAAAAAUAGGAGCCUACAACUCUUCAGAUGUUAUAUCUUCAUAUCCAUCUCUAUGUAUUCACUUCCAGAAAAAAAUUUAGCUACAGAAUUCUUUAAUUUCUUCAUGUCAACAUGAGUUGUUUGGCUGAGUGGCACCCCUAGGCUUAAGUUUGCAUGCUCCCUCUUCCCACAAAUCCACCAAUGAGAUUUGACCACCAGAGUGCACUGAGCAUGCUGUAUACUGCAAGAUGCAAACUUCUGCAUUUUUAAAAAUAAUCUUAAGAAAGAAUUUUUUUUAAUUUAUUUCAUUUUUUGUUUGUUUGAAAUAAUGCCUCAUUGAAUGCAGCUUAUAGUGCUCUUUUCCUCAUCUUUGAAUGUGUGGACUGAUCAUUUUCUAGCUAAAUAAA